AUGCUGCAAGAUGAGAUUUUCGGGUCUUUGUCAAAGGAGUGGUCGUGCAGAGAUGGUCCUUUGCGACACUUAUCCGCUUUGCUCUCGCCCACUCUGCCCAGUCCUUCCUCGCUAAUUGUAUAUGGACCGCGUGCGACUGGCAAGAGCGCCAUCGUCAAGUCAUAUCUGGAAGCGAGCAGGCUGCGCCAUGCAAUCGUGCGAUGUCAAGAAUGUGUAACAGGCAGGCACCUCUUGGAGCAAAUAGCCGCUUCCGUUCACGAAGGUUCCACGAAGCAUGAACUCAACAGCGAUGUCGCUCCACAUCCAGGACGAUGCGAGAAUAUCAGCACUCUCGUGGUCCAUCUACAACGAACACUGGAAGGAAAUGACAAAUUUGUGCUGGUGCUGGAUGGCAUCGAUGAGCAGCGCGACAGGGCGCCAACCUUAUUACCAGCACUGGGACGUCUAGGAGAGGUGUUGCCGCAGCUUAUUUUGUUACUCGUUGUGCGAUAUCCAUCGCCUCGGUUUCUUCAUCAGGCUGGCAUUCCGCAUGUUCACUUUCCACCUUACAGUCGAGCCCAGUCAGUGCACAUAUUGGCUCGCAAACCUCCAGACAUUUUCGUUGAGCCACCGUCAGAAGCACUAGACUAUGAUGACGACACUCACGAAGAGGAUAAGGCCUGGUUAUGGCCUCGCUUCUGUGCUGCAGUGUGGGACUCUUUUGCGCAAAGUGCAGUUCGUGAUCUGGCAUCAUUUCGAGAUACCUGCCACAAGUUGUGGCGACCUUUUGUGGCGCCAGUAAUCAAUGGAGACUUUGGCACGCGAGAUUUCAGUCGCCUUCUAGUGGCGCAGCGUCGAAUACUCCAGGAUGAAAGCUCAUUGCUGGAUUCUGUGGUGGGCAGUGCUGAAGCGGCUACUCUGAUAUCGAAAAACAAAACUCAUGAGCUGCCAUACUACUCCAAGUGGAUAUUGGUUGCAGCUUACCUGGCUUCCUUCAACCCUGCUCGUUUGGAUGCACUUUACUUUAUGAAAACAACGGAGAAGAAGCGGCGGAAGAAAGGCGGCGGGACGGCACGAUCUGGUGGCAGGCCAAGCCAGAAACGGCAGAUAUCUCGACACCUCCUGGGAGCAUCUGCUUUCACCAUCGACCGAUUACUGGCAAUCUUGCAUGCCAUACUGCCAGACGAGGUCAGAACGACUAUUGAUAUGUACAAGCAAAUCGCCACUCUGUCGAACCUCCGGCUUCUGGUGCGAGCUGGCGGUAUCGGGAGCAGCGAUCCUCUCGAGCCUGGUGGAAAGUUGAGAGUUGGACCUCUAAUAUCCUGGGAGCAUGUCCAGAGCCUUGCCAGGAAUCUGGACUUUAACCUGAUAGAUUAUGUCGCAGAGUGACCUAUAAUCUUAUGAUCUCUCCACUGCGAUCAAUACCACCACGGAACAGGUCCUUGGUCACUUUUCCGUCGAUGAUCGUUUGAGAAACAAUACCCUCCACAUGUUCGGGGCCCACUCUGCCAUACCAUAUCCCUUUCCCGGCUAGUGGAUGGUCUGUGAAGCUCGGUGGUAUGUAUAUGAUCACAUUUCCGGCCCAUUUAUGUCCACCAAUAUGGCUUAUCGUCCCGACCCUUGCAGUUGGCAUGCCGGCCUGCUGUUCUUCGAUGUGGUCUGGGGCCUCUUUCAUCACUUUGAUGUUCUGUCGUUCCAGCUUCUCCUCAAAUUCAUCUCUCAGCAAGGGACCUAGCGUCCCGCAUCGCUCAUCUCUUCCACCGUGUCCGCAGAUCAGAACAAGAAUCUCGUUGACGUCUCUUGCCUGGGGAAAAUCUCGCUGUCCUUCAGGUUGGCGUAGAAGAAGCUCACGUUGCGCAGGUGAGAAGGUAUCGUAGGAUUUGUGAAGUUUACUCGGAAGGACGAAAGCUUUGAUAAAGGAUUCCACCGCUGCAGGAUCCGAAGGGAUCGAAGGGACGAACUGGAAGCUGGGAAGUAAGAACGCCGAUAGAGGCAUGCUAGCAGACAUGGUCUGGUCUGGAUCUGUUCUGGUCGGAGUGCUAGCGAACGAGCUGUUGGUUAUCAAGACAUUGUGAUAAGGCUAUACUAUCUGUAUCAGCCUCUAUUGUACAUGUGACU